UGACGAUGAACAAGCUAACCAGAUGUGGAAACGCUACUUAGAAAGAGAAGACAGCAAAAUAGUAGACCUCUUCGUUGGCCAGCUGAAGAGUUGCCUCAAGUGUCAGGCCUGCGGCUACCGGUCAACCACCUUUGAAGUUUUCUGCGACCUCUCCCUGCCUAUCCCCAAGGUAUGUGACAAAUGCCGACAGAGGACCCGAAGCACCAAGAAACUGACCAUCCAGCGCUUCCCCCGUAUUCUCGUGCUACAUCUCAACCGGUUUUCCACCACCCGCUAUUCCAUUAAGAAAUGUUCUGUAUAUGUGGAUUUCCCCCUCCAGCAGCUCAGCCUGAAGGAGUUUGCCAGCGAAAAAGCCGGCACCCCAGUAUACAACCUCUACGCCUUGUGCAAUCACUCCGGAAGCGUCCACUACGGUCAUUACACAGCCUUCUGCAAGGAUCAGUCUGGCUGGCGAGUUUUUAACGAUUCCCGAGUGUCGCCAAUCAGCGAGAAUCAGGUCCCCUCCAGCGAAGGUUACGUACUUUUUUACGAGCUGGAUGACUUCCACUGGAAGAAAUAA